CCUGUCCUGUGAACCUCUCCGAAACGCGAUCCUGAUGGCAAGAAUAAAAAAGUCCCUGGCUCGCUGCCCAAGGCCACAAUAGUGGAAUAGUGUGGCCUUGCGCUGCCUCUGGUCCUUUCCUCCAUACAUAACCUUUCCGUCCGUUUCCAUUCCAAAUAACGGGAUAACGGGAACGGCAAUAAAUAUUAAACAAAACAUAACCUAAUAAACCUAACCUAACCCCAUCAAUUAACAAAAUACAGAUUAUCGGUGUACUUUUAAAUUGCAAUAUAAAAUUAAUCAAUUGAAGGCUACAGUCAAAUGGCUGAAGACAGCGAACAGGUUGCACAAGUAAGUGUGAAGGAACCUCUUGAUCUUAUUCGUCUCAGUUUAGAUGAGCGGAUUUAUGUUAAGAUGAGAAACGACCGAGAGCUCAGAGGUAGACUCCAUGCGUAUGACCAACAUUUGAACAUGGUUUUGGGCGAGGUAGAAGAAACUGUGACCACAGUCGAGAUAGAUGAAGAAACUUAUGAAGAGAUCUACAAAACAACAAAACGAAACAUCCCGAUGCUGUUUGUACGAGGUGAUGGAGCGAUUUUGGUUUCUCCACCUAUUAGAGCUGGGGCUUAAGUCCUCUAACUAGGUUUAAAAUAAAUCAAUUUUUAAAAUGUUCCAUAAGUUAAUAAAUAGUCAAUCAUUUUAAA